CCGUGCGCAUGCGCUCUGCGAGUCUCACUCCUGUCAGCUGGAAGAUGGCGGCGUCCGUGUGUAGAGCCGGGAGUUCCGCGGCGGGCAGAGUCCUCUUCGCCGCCCGCUCGCCGGCAUUGCUUCGCCUAAAAAGGAAUCAGAGCGCCGUAUCUUAUGCGCAGACUUUGAGUAACAUUCCCGAGACCCAGGUUACCACCCUGGACAACGGACUGCGUGUUGCUUCCGAAGAAUCCAGCCAGCCCACCUGCACAGUCGGAGUCUGGAUCGCAGCUGGCAGCCGCUAUGAAAAUGAAAAAAACAACGGCUCUGCAUAUUUCCUGGAGCAUUUGGCGUUCAAGGGGACAAAGAAACGCCCGCAGGCUGCUCUGGAGCAGGAGGUGGAGAGUAUGGGGGCUCACCUAAGCACUUAUACCUCCCGAGAGCAGACGGCUAUCUUCAUAAAGGCACUGUCCAAGGAUUUACCUAAAGCUGUGGAGAUACUAGCUGAUGUGGUGCAGAAUAACAGCUUGGAGAACUCCCAGAUUGAGAAGACGCGUGAGGUGGUUCUGCGCGAGUUGCAGGAGGUUGACUUCAAUCUGCAGGAAGUAGUCUUUGAUUACCUCCAUAGCACAGCCUACCAAGGAACUCCCCUGGGGAACACCGUGGUGGGUCCUUCCGAAAAUGCCAAGAAGCUGACUCGGGCCGAUCUACUUGAGUACAUCAACCUCCACUAUAAGGCCCCUCGCAUGGUCCUAGCAGCAGCUGGAGGGAUUGAUCACAAGGAGCUGUGUGACCUUGCCCAGCGGCACCUUGGCGGCCUUUCUGGAGAAUACGAGGACGAUGUCAUACCCGUGCUGGCUCCUUGCAGGUUUACAGGAAGUUCGCUUGGUGCCCGUAACGACGACUUGCCCUUGGCUCACGUAGCUAUUGCCGUAGAAGGGCCAUCGUGGAACAGUAACGAUAAUGUGGCUUUGUCUUUAGCCAACACCAUCAUAGGCAACUAUGAUGCUACGUUUGGAGGGGGCAAGAACCUUUCGAGCAAUGUGGCCAGGGCCGCAGCUGAGUAUAAUCUCUGCCAGAGUUUCCAGGCGUUUAACAUUCGUUACUCUGACACCGGGUUGCUCGGGAUGCAUUUUGUGAGUGACAAACACAACAUUGAAGACACGCUGCACAUUGCUCAGGCAGAAUGGAUGCGUCUAUGUACCAGCUCAACAGACAGCGAGCUGGCCCAGGCGAAAAAGACCCUGAAAAGUGCUCUGGUGGCCCAGCUAGAUGGGACGACCCCAGUAUGUGAGGAUAUCGGGCGCCAGAUACUAGCCUAUGGUCAGCGCAUUUCUUUGGAAGAAUGGAAUUCCAGAAUUGAUGCUGUCACUGCUAAGACGCUGAGGGAGGUUUGCUCCAAAUACCUGUAUGAUAAAUGUCCUGCCGUGGCUGCAGUUGGUCCCAUUGAGCAGCUUCCUGACUACAAUCGUAUCCGCAGUGCUAUGUACUGGCUGCGUUUCUAAACACUGUGACCCAGCGCCCGUUGUGUCUGAAGGUUUCUGGAAGAGAAGCGAGAGAUUUCCUUUCUUACCGCCAACUGUGGUUUCUGCAAAUCAUACCAGCAGUUAUAACUGAGGAUACAAAGUGGACUUGAGACUCCCAUCUGCAGCUUGUGCAAAAUAUCCACAGUCGUCUUUGCUUUCUUUAUUUUCAGAAUUGUGCAAAAUGGCACCACAGAAUAAAAUGUAAUUUAAAUGG